GCAGUUUGCCGCACACUGGGCUUUGGAGCGCUUCGCUUUGCACAGAACUAAUCGCACUGGAGAGGAACGUUAUAGUAGGCUACAGAAGGUUGAUAGAUACAGGGAGACUUGAGCAAGCAACCACCCUGGUCGCUCGCCUGCCUUCCUUAUCGAAUCAUAUAUACCCACUGCCGUUCAAAGGCUAUAUUUGAAUUGUUGGCAGCGCAGAAAGAAGAUACAUAUUUCGAAAGAAAUAACAUAUCGUGAAGGAGGUCAUAUCAAGCAAAGGAGCAGCCGAGAGAGAAGCACGAGAUACGUAGAAAUGGCUGCGACAACCUGUACACGAUUCACGGACGAUUUUCAGCUAUACGAAGAGCUGGGAAAGGGAGCCUUUUCAGUGGUGCGCAGAUGUGUCAAGCUGUGUACAGGGCAGGAAUAUGCCGCCAAAAUAAUCAACACCAAAAAGCUAUCUGCGAGAGACCACCAGAAGCUGGAGAGAGAGGCUCGUAUCUGCCGCCUGCUCAAGCACUCCAACAUCGUUCGUCUUCAUGAUAGUAUAUCAGAGGAAGGCUUCCAUUACCUCCUGUUUGACUUGGUGACCGGAGGGGAGCUGUUUGAGGACAUCGUAGCCAGAGAGUACUACAGCGAGGCGGAUGCUAGUCACUGCAUCAGUCAGAUUCUAGACAGUGUCCAUCACAUUCACCAACAUGACAUAGUGCAUAGGGAUCUGAAGCCAGAGAAUCUACUCCUCGCCAGCAAAUGCAAGAACGCUGCGGUCAAGCUGGCCGACUUUGGCCUAGCCAUUGAGGUGCAGGGGGACCAGCAGGCCUGGUUUGGAUUUGCUGGAACACCGGGAUACCUGUCCCCUGAGGUUCUGAGAAAAGAGGCAUAUGGCAAACCUGUGGACAUCUGGGCCUGUGGGGUGAUUCUGUAUAUUCUGCUGGUGGGCUACCCUCCCUUCUGGGACGAGGAUCAGCACAAGCUGUACCAGCAGAUCAAAGCCGGGGCGUAUGAUUUCCCCUCCCCAGAGUGGGACACAGUCACUCCAGAAGCCAAGAACCUGAUCAACCAGAUGUUGACCAUCAACCCUGCCAAGAGGAUCACUGCCCAGGAGGCUCUCAAACACCCAUGGGUCUGCCAACGUUCUACGGUGGCGUCCAUGAUGCACAGACAGGAGACUGUGGAGUGCCUGAAGAAGUUCAAUGCCAGGAGAAAACUCAAGGGGGCCGUUCUUACCGCUAUGCUGGUUUCGAGGAACUUCUCUGUGGGCUGUCGCUCCAGCGCUCCAAUGAGCGUCACUGCUGCCGCGGCGGCUGCAUCGGCGGCCGCGGCCACCAACACCGGGCUGGUGGAACAAGCAGCCAAGAGUUUGCUCAACAAGAAGGCUGACGUGAAGAAACGCAAGUCCAGCUCUACCGUCCAGUACAUGCCCCAGACAGCACAGACAAACAGCACCAAAAACAGCAUAGUCACCAGCCCCAAAGGAAACGCCCCACCUCCUGCUCUGGAGCCUCAGACCACUGUUAUCCACAAUCCAGUGGAUGGGACUAAGGAAUCAUCAGACAGCAGUACCACAGUGGAGGACGAGGACGUGAAAGGAAGGAGUAUAGACCGUUUAGUUAAGACAGAGUCGCAGUCUGAAAACCAGACACAGGUUCCCUCGCCCGUUAUCUACUCCUCUAAGCUGUCAGACCUGUUUGGUGUUGUACGCAAGGCGUCAGGGCCUAUGUCUGACGGGGAAGGGGGAGCCAACACACCUCCACCCCCUCCUGCCGCCCCCUCUCCCCCCUCCGCCUCCACUCCACCCAUGACCCACACACCCAUGCAGUUGUCCCGGCUGUCGGACCUAGUGGGCAAUGUUCGCCGGCCGCCAGCCGCCGCCACGCCUGCGCCCCUCGAGGCUGAGGUGGUACAGGCCUUCAUGCCCACGGCCCCUACAUGCAACCCCACCUCCCCCCUGCCCCCUGCUUCCCCCUCCAGCCUCUCCCUCACCUCUCAGACACGUAAACAAGAGAUAAUCAAGAUCACUGAACAGCUGAUCGAGGCUGUCAACAAUGGUGACUUUGAGGCAUACGCGAAGAUCUGUGAUCCUGGACUUACCUCCUUUGAGCCUGAGGCCCUGGGCAACCUGGUGGAAGGAAUGGAUUUCCAGAGAUUCUACUUUGAGAACCUGUUGUCUAAAAACAGUAAACCAAUCCACACCACAAUCCUCAACCCCCACGUCCACCUGAUUGGCGAGGAUGCCGCCUGCAUAGCCUACAUCCGCCUCACCCAGUUCGUCGAUGGCCAGGGCCAUCCACGUUCGAGCCAAUCAGAGGAGACUAGGGUAUGGCACCGCCGGGACUCCAAGUGGCAGAACGUCCAUUUCCAUUGCUCGGGAGCCCCCGCCGCCCCUCUCCAGUGAGGAGGAAAAUUUAACGGCCACGUCUAACAGGAGUGCUCUGCUGGAGAGAGAAAGGGGGAGGAAUGGAGGGAGGGGGAGAACAAGUCCCGUGUCAGAUGGCUCUGAGUCUGCUGCACAAGACCCCUCCUUCACUGGAUUCUCAGCAUGCACCUCUUCUUUACGACUACCACGCUCUAUCUGUCGCCACCCGUCACUGCACCCACUGACAUCCAUCUCAUCAACCCAGCAUCCAACAACAAUCUAUAGUCUUGCCAACAACAACAACCUGACAACAGCUUCCUUUCCCCCUCAAUCCUGAACCACGGACAACUCACGCCCCCCUUCCACAAACCCCAACUUCUCCAGCCCUACUGUUGCCACAACUAUAAAGAAUAUUGGACCGUGGUUAGAGAGUGCUUCGAGGGGUGUGUUGAGAGGGGUGUGUUGAGAGGGGUGUUGUAGUGUUUUCUUGGCCUCAGUAUGCAUUUCACUCUUCCUCUUUUGUCACAUGAUGUCUCCUCUUCUUCCUCUUGUGAAUCUCCACUUGUGUUGUGUAACACUGCACAGAAAAUACAGUAUGUAAAGUUUUAAGUAAAAUCUAUUAUUAUCAUUAUUAACCUUAUUAUUAUUACAAUUACACAUUUUAAAUUGUAUAUGUAAUUUGUAUAAUUAAAAUUAUUGAUGCCAGUGGUUUCUAGAGUUAAAGGAAAUAGUUUUUUUUUUUUUUCUCAAUCUUUUUAAGGAAGCAUGAUGUUUUUCAAUAUUUACAGUGGCUGUUUUUUUAUUGUGGCUAUAAGUAACAAAAUGGUAUUGGCAGUUUUUGUAUAAGCUUCUUCUAUGUAUUCUAUUCUAUUAUACUAGGCCAAAGCUAAGUUUAGGGGAAAAAAACAUUUUUGGAGGGGUGUGUUUGAUGUGGUGUGGGGAAGCAAGUGUGUACAUUUUAAAUAGUGUGUAUGUUUUUGUGCGUGCAAGUUUGUUUGUGUGUGUGUGUGUGUGUGUGUGUUCAUAGGUGGCAGGUUUGAUCAACUAAUUAGAAUUUUUAGCAUUUCAGGAUGAAUAGCUACAAUCGUUGUUGGCUUGGUUUGGUGCCAUCCGUGCCCGGUCACAAUAAGUGUAUAUUCCCGAAACAAGGACAUUGAACAGUAACAGAGGUUUUUAUUUAAUUCACAUGUAUCAUUUUUGCCUUUUUGUGUUUAUUACUAUAUCUCAGAGGAUGGACCCACAGGUUCUCUUUGGUUUUGGCCGUUGGUGUUCAUGAAAGCUCUGCGCUCCCUAGUGCUCCUACUGGUUUGAGUAGGUAUUGUAGAAUCAACACACAACUUGACAAUACACUGCACUGUAUUGCACGCACUGCAAAUGAGGCCUCCACUUACUGCCGCUAUAGAACAAGAAAAUAAAUGAUACCACAGCAGUAUUAUGCUUUAGUGUCCAUACAUAUCAGAAUCACUACUUAUCUUUUAACUGUUUCACAGUCUUCUAACAGUUUUAAAACAGCAGCAGAUCCUUUCCUGCCUCAUUUUUCUGUACGGUGAUGCUUUGUAUAACCUUAAGUUAGCAGCGUUGAGGCCUUACACACUUAUAAAGCCAUAUUGCAUUACAAUUUGCUACUGUCCUUUCUUUUACGCUUCACUCGUGCCCGUUGCACUCUGAACCUUUAUAAAACCUGGAAACUGCAUUACUACUGAGGUCCUGCAUUGAGAGCCUUGCAUAGGGUUGUCCUCACUGAUGCCUGUUCAAUAUUUUUAGGGGGCUUUAUGUAGUUCUAAUAGGCAGGCAGUUAGAAGACUACAUUAUGUCUGUCCGGAUAGAUGUGGGCGUCUGUACAUGUUUAAGUAUUGAGGUCAUGUGUAUAUGUAUGAAUGAGUGUUUACUGUCCAGACACCCUGACUCUUUGCCCUGUGUCUUGCUCUCUGCCCUGUGUCCUGCAAUCUGCCCUGUGUCUUGCUCACUUCUCUGUGUCCUGCUCUCUGUCCUGUGGUCUCUAGUUAGUGCUGCUCAUUUUAAAGCAGAGAGAAGUGGCUGAGGUCUGACAGAGAGCCUCGAGUGUGUGGGAGAGCCCCUAUGUUGGUAUUUGACAUGAGGGAGAUUUCCGAAAUAUGUUGGGAGAGAGAUAUUAGCAGAAGAAGGCUUUAUUUCAGGGGCCCUAAAAGUCCUCUGCCUUCAGUCCGGGACUUGCUUUACUUAUGGUUUAAUUAUCUUUUUAUGUAUAUUAUAUUUUGACAUUUGUAAUAUCAUUCUUACUCAUGUUACAACUGAGUGUUGACUUGUGCUUCUACUUGUUAGUUGUGCGAGGGUUUAAAGAUGGACAGAUUGAUUGAAAUACUGUAGGAAUAGAUAGCAGUGAGGGUGUGUGGCUUUUUGGAGAACAAUCAGCAUAGGACUGUUUCUCAUUAACAAAGUGGUGUGAAGAUUUUUCAUGAUACCGUCCUAUUGCCAUAGUUGUUUUAUCUGCCUGUGAUUGGCUGCCUUCGGAGGUGUCUCGUCGCUAUUGGCCAGAUGUUUUUUAGCGACCGCAUCUCAUUGGUCAGUCAGGCAGUUUGUCCUCAGGUUUAUCUUUAUUUGAUUAUUUAUUUAUUUAUUUAUUUUAAUUGACAUUUUAUUGUGCUUUUUCUUCUGUGUUAUAUUCAGUUGUCCCUCUGUACAACUCAUGUGCUUGUUCAGUUACCUUCUGUUGCACUGUGAGUCAAGGAGUGUUUCCACAAUUGAACGAGGAGGGGUUCAACUUGUGACGCACAAAGUGCUCAUUGAGUGAUCAAGCUAAGAGUGACCCAACCAAUGACCCCAGCCACACAACCCCUCCCACCAAAAAGAUGAAAAAGAAGCAUGUACAAAGAUGUUGUUCUCAUGUUCUUUUUAGUGUGUUUACUAGCAAAUGAAUAUAAAAGGGGGUAGUGUACACUAACAUAAAAGCGCUAUUAACUGGCAUCUUAGCUGGCAUUUCUUUGCAUGACAGUCAACAGGACACUUAUUUUUUUCUUGUUUUUAUUUUCUACUGAAUGCUGGUAUACUAAACCUUUCUCUAUCUAUUUUCGGAGCUUUUUAAGUGCAUAAAACUAUUUUUGUCUCGAGAUGAUAGAUUGGCCUAUAUCGAAGAUGGAUGAUUAUGAUGAGGCUGACUAUGAUAUUGAUGAUUAUAAUGUGGAUGAUGAUAAACAUGUAACGAUGAUUCUAUAGCAUGCUUUUAUAUUGGGCUCAGUGUUGUCAGUGCAGAGUGGCUUGAUAUUGUGGUGCAGUAGAGAGUGGAGUGUGGAAAACCUCUCAGCCAUAAACACAUCCAGGAACUCCUGCUCAAUUCAACUUGUGUGUUACUGAGAGGGAACAUCCAAAAUUCCAUUGAAGUCAGACAAUCUCUUGGUCAUGCAUUACUGUAAAUGAGAGACUAAAUGAAAAUGUGUCUUAAGUAGAAGUUAGAAUUUGCCACAUACAGGGAAACUGCUUAAAUUUGUCCUCAACAGGAUGUAAAUGCUUGCAGUUCUAUCAAUGUUCCACUAGGGGUCACUCUCACGUUUUAUAAAGUACUACAAGAUGAUGAGGGGUGGGUCUAUCCAAGAUUGUACAGCACCGUGGCUGCUGAAGUAACUCUCUAAGAAGCCACCCAUUAGUUAUCAGUUCCAAUAUCAUUUGGAGGAAAUAACUAUUCUUUUUGCGGGAAACAUUUUAAAUAACAUAAAUACAAAGUGCAUCCAACUUGACUGGACCACCUGCACUGACAACACUGAACUAGUAUCUCUAGUAUUUAUUUAACUAUUUUCCUAGUCUCUCUGUUUAAAAACCUUAUUCUAUCAUUUAUUUACAGUUGGGUCUUUAUAUAAGAGAAUCUGUCUCUUUUUGUUAGUUUGGGUUUCUUCUGUAGAAUAUAUUUAUCCAAUAUUUCACUGAUUCUUCUGAUAAUUGCUCUGUUCUCUAAUGUGCUACAUGUCUUUCUCUAACUUAAAGAAAUGUAUUAAGAUGUUACCAAUAAAAUGACAGAAAUAAAAAAUUUAA